CUGACUGACGCUAUGUUUUUGUUCAUGGUCAGAUUUCUCAAUAUGUUAAAAAAAAUGAAUGGAGAGAGCAUCUCUAAGGUUUUUAUAUUGUGGAGGGGCAGAAGUUGUCACUAAUGGAGCCUCUGUUGAGUUGGAUUGGCUAGAGCAUCUCUCUAUCAUGUGGAGGGAAAGAGAGAAGUAACUUUGCUUUUGAUCUUCUUUUCUGAAAAGAAAAGGCAGGAUCUCUGCCGAUCAAUUAAGAAGGAAAUGUGAAUACAGGGAGCUGCCCCGACUAGGGUGACAAUCCAGAAUUGCAAUUUGAUGUUCCUCGAGAACUCAAGGGAGCCAAUGCCACAGAUCUAGAAAUGCUCUCCUCCUUUGCUGUUAGUAUCUUGUUGAAAAAAGUGUCUGGCUAGAUCAUUUCUAAGGUUUCAUUUGGAGUGUCAUAAGUAACUCUGGUGGAUACAUCUAGUGGGACCUUUGAAGGACAACAAUUUCUCUUCGAACAUAUGGAUUGAAGUAACUGGAAAAAGGAAGUUUGUGGUAUUCUUGCAAUUGUAUAAAACACUGCACAAUAUUUUAUCUGGGAUAAAAUACUGCAGAGGUUUCAGAGUACUGUACCUUGAUUCUUAACUACUAAGCUAAGGUUCAUGUGGUACCAAAGGAGGAAUUUUCAUUUAUCCUUGUGCUAUACCUGGAACAAAAGGCACCUCUCAUCUGACAGCUCUGGGAUCUUCUAUGGUGAAGUGCUUCUAGGCUGUCUCCAGAGAAAUGCUCUAGCCAUUUAUCUACUCGGCUUGUGAUAUUGUCUUUCAGCAGAACCAAAGACAUGACCUGGAGACCUGAUCUGUUUAGUGAUAGUAUGGCUGCUAGUGGAAUUGAAACUGGUACGAAAUUGUACAUUUCAAACUUGGACUAUAGGGUUUCCAACGAGGAUAUAAAGGAGCUGUUUUCAGAAGUUGGUCACUUGAAACGCUUUGCUGUUCACUUUGAUGGUUAUGGGCGCCCAAAUGGCACAGCAGAGGUGGUGUUUACUAGGAGAAGUGAUGCAAUUGCUGCAUUGAAACGCUAUAAUAAUGUUCUACUUGAUGGCAAAGCUAUGAAGAUCGAAGUUAUUGGAACUGACUUAGGUUUGCCUAUGACACCUCGCAUAAAUGUGGUUGGGGCUUCUAAUGGCAGACCUACAAGAACAGUUGUCAUGACGCCUGAAAUUGGCCAGCGUGGUGGUUCCAGCAGCAGACCAAUAAGUGGUCCUAUAGUUAAUAGAUAUAACCGUGGUGGUUUCCAAGCUGGCCGUGGUCGAGGCCGUGGUAGAGGUCGUGCCCCAUUCCAGUCCCAGUUCCAGGUCCGUGGCAGGGGCCGUGGUCAAUUCCAGAGCCGUGGUCGUGGAAGGAAGCAAGCUGGGAAGACUGCAGAUGAGCUGGACAAAGACCUGGAAACUUAUCAUGCUGAGGCAAUGAAGACCGACUGAUUGCUGCUGCAAGCCUAUUGGCGGUGGCCAUUUUGUCAGCACUACUCUUUGCAUCUAUUGUAAGGUUUAUCUUAUGAUAGGUUAUGCCUGAUUGAGCUGUAGUACUCCUGGAAGAAGCAGAGAACUUUCUGCUUUGGUUUGCAAAAACACAAGUCCGCCUGUAGCAGUUUGAGAGAAAGGCGCAACUGUGGUGUGCGUAGUGAUCAUCUGGAAUUUACAGCCGUAGGUGUUAAUCUUUUCUGUACUGGUUGCUCUUGAGAUUGUCGUGUUAAGUUGCCUAAACAAAAGUAAAUCCAGGGAUUUUAUGACUUAUUAUCAUCCGUAGAAGUCACGUAGUUUAGUCUAUAUUAUCCAAAUCUUAAAUGCCCUUUAACGGCAAUUGUUCCUUUUAUUAGGUA